AUGCGCGGCACCGGCUUCUCCAAGCUGGGUUUCGCCGGCAAUGAUGCCCCCUCCUUCGUCUUCCCUACAGCGAUCGCCUCCAAGUCUGGCGCAGGCGGAACGAGCUCUGGCUCUGGCCGGCCAGCCGUUGCGAAUAAACCCUCAUUCUUGACUGGCGGUGCCCAAGGUUCCAAUGUGGCCGCAAAACGGGGCACAGAAGAUCUGGACUUCUUCAUUGGUGACGAGGCCCUCGCUGCCGGAAACAACCCUGGCUAUGGCAUUCGAUACCCUGUUAGACAUGGACAGGUUGAGAACUGGGACGAUAUGGAGCGUUUCUGGUCCAACUCCAUCUUCAAGUAUCUGAGAGUCGAGCCAGAAGACCACUACUUCCUUCUCACCGAACCGCCGCUCAACCCCCCCGAGAACCGCGAGAAUACCGCCGAGAUCAUGUUCGAGUCCUUCAACUGUGCCGGUCUUUACAUUGCCGUCCAAGCCGUGCUUGCUCUUGCCGCAUCUUGGACCUCUUCUAAGGUCACAGACCGAUCUCUGACGGGCACUGUUAUUGACUCUGGUGAUGGUGUAACGCAUGUUAUCCCAGUCGCAGAAGGUUAUGUCAUCGGUUCCUCCAUCAAGAGUAUACCGAUCGCCGGCCGGGACAUCACAUACUUUGUUCAGAGCCUGCUCCGAGACCGCGGCGAGCCAGACAGCAGCUUGAAAGUAUCAGAAAAGAUCAAAGAGGAGUACUGCUACGUCUGCCCCGAUAUCGUCAAGGAGUUCGCUCGCUACGACGGCGAGCCAGAACGCUUCCUGAAGCACACCGUUACGUCUCCCAAUGGUCGCACUGUACAGGUCGAUGUCGGCUACGAACGAUUCCUGGCUCCCGAGAUCUUCUUCAACCCCGAGAUCUACUCCUCCGACUUCCUAACUCCUCUCCCAACUGUUGUCGAUGGUGUGAUCCAGUCCUCUCCAAUCGAUGUACGAAGAGGUUUGUACAAGAACAUUGUCCUGUCGGGCGGUUCAACACUCUACAAAGACUUUGGCCGCCGGUUACAACGUGAUAUCCGUCAUCUUGUCGACGCUAGGAUACGCGCAUCCGAAGCACGGAGCGGAGGUGCAAGAAGUGGUGGCCUGGACGUCUCUGUCGUAACACACAAGCGUCAAAGACACGGUCCAUGGUUCGGAGGUAGCUUGCUGGGUCAAACCCCUGAGUUCAGAAGCUACUGCCACACCAAAGCUGAGUACGAUGAGGUCGGGCCUAGUAUUGUGCGGAGAUUUGCUCUGCUUGGUGGACCAGGCAGCACCUAG